AUGUCGCGCAUGUGCAAGCUCACAGCUCACCCGUUGGGCCCAGUGUCUUAUGUGCUGACGUUCAUUUGCGCCCUGAUGCGGUGGUGCUCUGUGCAUGCCAGCAGCAUCAGCAGUGUACACGCAAGCUGCCUGCAGGAUCGCAUGUCGCAUGUGGUCCGAAUCUAUCCUUGGAAGGUCCUUCGCCAGCUCGGCGAGGUCAACGCAAGUCUGCAGGUUGCUUCCGGAAAGGAAUUGACUGUGGACUACCUGUGCGAGGUGCGCAUCCUAUGUCUUACCAUCUCUGUGACCCGGAGCCGGGCCCCAGGGUUUUACGCGGUAGCCCGCUCUGCCAACGGAUCCCCUCCUGAGAUCUACAGCAGCAGGCCUUCCCUUCCGAGCUCGAGUGUCGGGUCUACUUGGACGCAGCCGGCAUCCGAACCCACUUGCCCGGGCCUUGACCCAAUGGAGCUGGACGCCAUCUCUCCCGCCGAGGCUGGAGGUGUCGACGUCUUGGUGCUCGACCCCUCGAGCGACCCUGCUCUUGAGGAAUGCCUUUCCUCGCCUUGUGCUUGCUACUGUGUGUUAAAGCGCCCUGGCGGCUGCCUUCUGGCGCUCCCUUCUGCCGCCGUGUCAGAGCCGGCCCUUUCGACUGCCGAAGCCGCCGGUCACCCGGGCCUCGUCGGUCCCUUCCUGGCCCUGACCUGCAAAGCGAUCUCCCUUACCGAGUCCGGGGAGUGGGCUACCGUUUGCCCUCCGAGGCAACUGCAGGUGAGGGUCGUGGAUUUCGACGCUGCUGUGUGUGGAAGCCUGUCUCCACUGACAGGUUCUGUCCUAGACUUCGUGGCCUUCGACCCCUCGGACCCUACGCUUUACACCAUUGCUCUCGAGGUCGUUGCCUCCGCAAUUGCUUGGUUGAGAACACGGCCAGGGGAUCGAGGGGCGAACGGCUAUGUUACAGCCGAGGAGCCACCGGCCCCGGAAGGCGGAGAAGGCCCGACUUUGGGCAGGCAGCCAAAGGUGAGAGGGGCCGACCCAAAGGCAAAGAAGAUCACUUUGGCUGGCCUCGCGGCCCAACAGGGUACCGGCUGCAUCUCCGACCCCUCCUGUUGUGCCGACCGGCCGGCCGCUGCUUUCCGCACCUCUGUCCGGCUCCUCGCAGCUGCGAGGAGGAUGGAUCCCUCCGUGCUACCAGGCGCCUCUGGCUCUGCCUCGGUUCCCGUCUCGUCGGGCACCAUGACGCAGUAUCUCGAAAGGUUCGGCGGGUACUCCAAGGAUCGGACCAUGGGCCUUGCCCAGUGGCAAUGUGCCAUAGCUAUGGCCCGUGGCGCUGCCGACACCAUCUCCCUUCUUAUGGUGUUCCUGGAGCAGGCCACCCUCGACCGGACCCCCGAUUUUGACUCAUCUGCCAGAUCCUCCGAACGGCCUGUUCUUGGAGAGGCCCACCACAGCUACAACCACGCUCCCCCGCUGGCGGACCAGCGCAUGCUAGCCACAACACUGGCCGAUCCCGGCGCCGACGCCGCCGAAGCGACCUUGUCCAGGAAGCAGCUCCGAGCCCAACUGUGGGCAGCAAAGAAAGCCAAGGGCGGCCAGGAAAAAAUAAAUUUUAUCAAGUGGGCCGCAGCCCUCCCUAGGCUGCUUUUGGCCGCGAAGACCCGCUUCAGCCGACUGCUGCGGUCUUCCUUUUCGAUUGCCUUCCACGAGGGGGAGCCGCCUCCUCCUACCGCUCUCUUCCCUUUGCCUGUGCCCUGCCCCGGUGCUUUCGGCAAAGCUGGCCUGGAGUUGCGCAGCCGUUCUGCGAGACGUGCUCUCCGCCUUGGCACCCUCAUCGACACAUCCUUGCACAUUGCCGUGAUGGCCCUGAACCAUGUCCACUCUGACUCUCGGCCUGUGCAGCGCAAAGUCUUUGCCAGGCUGAGGUUGUUUAUAGAGGCGAGUUCGCGCCAGACCUGUGACUUCCUCUUGCUUCAGGUCAGGGGCCGGGUCCCGCGGAACGAUGACGGUCCCCCGCGACGCGGCAUCCCUGAGAACGCCCUGCCCUACCCCGACACUGGCAAGGAAAGCAGGGACGAAAUGCUAAGGAUUUUCGACCUUUGGGAUUCCCUAAGCCUCCUCCAGAUCACCCCUGCCCCUGCCGACCCGAAGGAGCUAUGCCGGGUCUUUGGGUCGUACAAGUCACCCACCUGGAUGAUAGGUGACCGCAGGGGCCCCAACGCCCUCGAAGGUGGAGUGAUUGGGGUUUCCGGCUUUUUGCCCCAAGGGUUCCUGCUGGCUUCGCUCUCGGUCCGGCCGGGUUUUGCACUGUGCGGCGCAAGCACAGACCGCAGCGACUACUACCACCAGAUCCGGGCCACCGCCCAACGAGCGAGCACCAACUGCGUUGGCCCCCCGCUCCGCCUCUCUUCCUUCAAAGACCCCUUAGUCUGCGGCUCCUUCCGAGCCAUCCUCCAGGGUGACCACGGUGGCGUAGAGUACGCUACAGCCCUGGUGAUAGACGACUACUUUGCCGUGAGCGAGGUGCCGGCCAAGGAACUACGAGGCCUAAGCGGCGAGCGUUUGGCCGAGCGGCUCCGCAAAACCGAGGCAUCAGCUUGCAUAGCCCAGGCGAAGCUCGCCUACGAGCACGCCGGCCUUGCCGGGUCAGACCACAAGGAUAACUGGGGCUCCCUCCUCUUCACUGUUGCAGGUGCCGAGGUGAACUCUGAAGUUUCCCUUGUUGAGCAAGGCGCCGUCCUUGUGGGCGCCCCCCUCCAGCGCCGCCUUGCACUUUCCUAUGUCACCUUGAAGGCUGCGGCCUGCCCGGUCACAUCGGAAGACCUGAUGUCUUCGCUCCUCGGGGCCUGGGUCUCUUACCUUCAGUUUCGCAGGCCCUUCUCUUGUUUCCUCGACACUGCCUUCAAGCUUGCUGCGAAAAGCCCCACCUCGACCGACAGCUCCGCCCGAGCUCUCCCGAGGAAGGCGGCCGACGAACUCGGCACUCUAGCCGCCUGUGCUCCCCUCCUGGCCAGCAACAUUGCGGUCAGCACAGAGUUUGCCGAAGCCCUUUGGCACGCCGGGGCAAAGAAGGGCCACUACACCAGACUCACCUCCAGCCGAAAGGAGCCCUCCAGUGAGGGCGAAGGCAUCAUGAUGCCUUCGAUGAUGAUCCCUCUGCGGCUCUCUGCCUACGGCCCCGGGCCUGCAAAGCAGAGGCCCCUCGGCAUGGACUACGACUUCAUUGAGCUCCUUUCGCCCUCUGGCUCCCUCUCCGCUGAGGUCUCCAAGACGGGUCUUCGUGUUGGGCCCUGGGUCUCCAUUGCCAACAGCCCUGAGCUUGACUUGCUUCAGCCUCACGUUGCCGAGUGGCUCACCUACCUCGUUUCGAGGCGGAGGGUUCGGGUUGAGAACAGUCUAGUCGGCCGAGCGUUUGUGCUCCUGGAGCUGUGCCGCCGUCUUGGCACCCCGUGCCUCUUGAGAGUCUCUCCCGGCUCUUUCGUCACCGACCUGCCUUGGAUUAGGGCUUUUCUGGAACGGCCCGGUGCUUCGUGGUUCCGCUCUUCUAUCGCCCUCCUCGGCGAUGCCUACCAGCCGGCCUGCGCUUUCGUAGGCGCCCACGUGUACGGGGUCGCCAAGCCUUCGGUUCAGCACCUUGCCUCCUCCAAGGCUCCCUCGGGAUGCUUACCCCUCGGAAUGCCGAUGACUUCCGCCGCCUUGAUCGCCGCCUACAUCCUCUCCCUUCCGGCCGUCCGGCCUCUCGACACCGAGGCCCUUGUCGAACUUCUGGUAAUUUUCGGCAGGGACCUUUAUAACAGCGGCCGCCCUUACUGGCAUUUUUCUGAGACCAUCAACGCCCUGACGGCGACGAAGCCAGGCCUGAGGAGAUCCUGCCAAGCUGCAUGGGACCUCGCUUUUACCUGGCUCGCUGAGGAACCUUCCACACACCAUAUUGCGAUGCCACCCCUGGUGCUGAUUGCCAUUAUUGCCUCGUGCUUGGCUUGGGGCUGGGUCAGAGAAGCUGGGCUAUUUGCUUUGGCCUGGGGUGCCCUCUUGAGAAUCUCAGAGGCGACCAACGCUACGAGGCGCCACCUGGUGUUUCCUGCAGAUGCCCUGAACAUGCAAUCGUUCGUGCUGAUCAAGAUCGACCAACCGAAGACCUGCGGCCGUGCCGCGAAACACCAGGCUGCGAAACUGGAGCAGAGCAACCUCGUUGCAGUUGCUUCCCUGGCUUUCUUCGCCCUGCCUAAGCAGGCUAAACUUUGGCCUUUUGCCAACCAGACUUUGAGGCGGCGACUGGACAGCAUUCUGGAGAGACUGGGAAUUCCCAAGUCGGGCGAGCAAGGUCGCUCCCUCGACUUGGGUUCCCUCCGACCAGGAGGAGCCACGCACCUCCUCCAACUGACCGAAGAUUCUGAAUUGGUCCGCCGGCGCGGGCGCUGGGCGUCGCAUAAGGUUAUGGAGAUAUACCUUCAAGAAGUUGCUGCUUCGACCUUUGUCGCAGACCUUUCGGACAAAGCCCGCGAGAACGUCUUCCAACUGGCGCAGCGCUUCCCUGGUAUGCUUGCUCAGGCCCAGACUUGGGCGUACAACAAUAUUCCCAGCCGAUGCUGGUUCUACCUUUGGCCAUCGGCCUCUUCCGUGUGCCGGGCAGAUCUGGGAUGUUUGGGGUCGAGGCUCUUCCGGCCCUUUUUCUUUGAUCGCUGCAUAUGCGGCGGCUGGCACACGGACGACAAUGGGCGGUGGAAGAAAAGUGAGGAGCGAGGACUGAAGACGGAAUACGACAAGAUGGCAUCGGUCCUGGCCGAACAUGUCGAACAGAGGCUGUGCCUGUACAAGGCCGGCCAAGGCGGAUUCGACGAGUUGCAGGACGGUGAGCUGCAGACCCGAAGCCAAAAGAUACUUCGGAAAGUUUUGCGCACGAUCCACGGUCUGACGAAGCAUGUGCUGGUGCACUGGGUGGGUCCUGGUGUCAGCGUCAUGCGCCGUGGCCUGGACAGCGCCAGGUAUGGCCAGGUGGCCAAUCUGGUCGGGAGAUACUGCGCCGUCGCUUUCCGGAAGGAGGUCCACUGCACUGCCGACCUGAGGCUGGAGAUGAUAAUUCACGAGCUCCAACGCUUGACUGUGGUUGACAGCACCUCCGGGGGCAGUGGCCAGGCAGCGAGCCGCAUCUCCGUGGAAGAAUACAACAUCGCCAUGGCUGAGGAAUCUCGGCACCGGGACUCGAGGCUGCAAAGGCUGCGCCCCAAGCCGCAGGCCGCCACGCCGCGUGCAGAGCACGUCACGCCGACGCAGACCCACGAGGAGCCCACGCAGGCAGCACCCGCCCUGCCGGACCUAUCGACCGCCUUGCGAGCAGUGCGUGACCCAACUGGGCGCUUCGACUGGGUCAUCUUUGGCUGGCCGGCCGCUUCCCUCCGUCUGCCGCCCUCCCCUUGCCGCGCCUCCUGGGCAUGA